AUUUCUAUGUAAAUAAUAUCAUGUGUUUGAAUUUUAUUCAACAUCAAACUGUUUGAAAGUAACGUUUAUUGUUUAUUUAGUUUAGGUGCAUUUGGGUAGCAGACGAAACCUACUUCAUAAGUCAUAUCGCUAAGGAUGCACGCGAGGAUCCAGGUAAUGUAGAAGUUAGAUCCCCCAGACGUCAGAAACUCAGCCUAGCGAAUAGGAUUCGCCAUAUAAAAUGUAUAGGUAUUAUAUCGGCUAUCCUAUUCGUAGAUGUAGUAUUUCUGUAGUAUCUAAGUUUGUUUUGGGCUUAUCAUCAAUUAUUGACUAGUUUGUUCCACCAAGAACUUUUGCAAUCAGCCAGAUGUUUCUGGUUGUGGUGUCCCAUGGUGAGAAUUAAUCGUGGGAACGCCAAGUUUUCUACUCUUUUCUAAAAAAAAAGAAAAGGUGAAAUUUACAUCCGGUAUUGACUAAAGUAAUUAUGUCUCCCCUCUCACCAGUAAAAAAGGGAUACGUUUUUCGACGAAUUUAGCCCGUGUUCUGGGAACUAUUUUUUUUAUUUUUAAAUUCCCAUUAAUGAUUCACGUCGAUCUAUAAUUUCGUUGUAAGUCGAGAAGGGUAAGAAAUGUCGGUGCAAAUCUUUUAUAUAACUUGUCCAUUUUCCCUUUCAGCGCUGGUUUGAAUAAUGGAGUUUAGUUUUCUUCUCUUCAAUGGUGUCUACUACACCUGAUGGAUGUGCGCGUGAGUGCGUGAGUCGAUCAAUCGAUCGCCCGUUGUUGUUGGCCAAGCCUGGCGCAUCAUUGAGGCUGAGAUCCAACAGAUGGCGAUGAUCUUCAAAAUAAGCCCAGUUCCCCUUCCUUUUUUCUCCUUCAAGAAAAAUGCGAGAGGGGGGAAGGGUAGUAGAGCCUCCAUCUCUCCAGUCAGCAACAUCCGCUGGACUGAAAGCAGUCGACAAAUUCCUUUCUCCCCGUUCGGUUUGCUCCUUGUUCACGUCCUUCUUUUCUCGCUCACGUCUACAAGGCCCGUUUGUUUUUUUGGAUGCCAUUCAACUCUAAUCUGAAAUACGAUCAACGCGGAUUUUCGCUUGGCUGUUGCUCGGCUCGUUUCAUCACGGGCCGCCCAUGAAAAGAAAUUGACGACUGGAGUUGCCCGCCGCUGUGACACGACGGCAAACUUUUCAUCCAUCGAUCCGCUCCGAUCUCAAAGUUGCGGAAGGGGAGAGAAAAACCCUCCGACGGAAUUGGUUUCUUUUUUGAUAAGGCAACCGAGCAAUGCGGCAUCUCGUUUGUUGACGAUGGACUUUGGACCAUUACAAGUCUGAAAAUCAGCCGCCAGACUCCAUGUCCAUCAUGAACUGUUACGGACGGAUCCUGUCGGCCUAUCCAGCAGCCGUGGUCUCGGCCGUCGCCACCCUGUCCGUCUCCUGCCUCAUCGUCGUCUUCACUCUCCACUCGCUUCCAGAUUUCUCCGAUCCGCAAUUGGGGUUCGAGUGCCGCGGAACUACGUUAUCACGUCGGGCCGUCGCCUGGGAAAAUCUUUUGCGGGCCAGCCAGCCAGCUGGACCUCUCAGCACCAAUCCGCUCGAGUCGACUGUGGCGGCCGGCACUUCCGCCGUGUCGUCGCUCAAGAGCAACGACACGCCCCGUAAGAAGAAGAAGAAGCAAAAAACGAAAUGGCAGCAGUCUGAGCGGAUCAACGGCAGCGACUCGACAAGUUCCGUGUCGUCGGCAAUGUCGUCGACGUGGGGAUCGGUGCGGACGCGGAGCAACAGCCUGGACCAAGACGGCCAUCGUGAGAGCAGCAGCAACCAAGCCAAAGCCAAUCAAGUCUGGCCGUCGCCGCAGACGAAUAAAUGGCAGACGAAAGCUGCUACUGCAAGUGGUGCUGCUGGUGGCCAACAAGUCCAGCAGCAUCCAUUUGAAGUUCUGCGCGGUCUGGAGAGCAGCGGCGGCUCUAAAGACGGGCAGCCGGCCAAUCACAGUCAUUUCCAGUGGGGCGAAUCCGUCACUCGCUCACCGGCUCAUCCCAUCCGACACAAACCCAUGUGGAGCCAGUUGCAACAGCUGGGCACCGCCGGACUGUUGCGAUCAGACGAGGACGAUCGAGACGACGACGACGACGAAGAAGAAAACGAAAAGGAGACGGACCAGCAGAUGACGAAAGUCGGUCAUCCGUCUCACAAUCGGUUCUAUUUCUGCGACCAACCGCACGGUGAAUACGCUCACGUCAUUUUCGCUGCGGCCGGCCAGGCAACAGCUAAUCGAUCCCUGUGGAAUGUCGAGUCGAUUCAAUCCAUGUGCCGGCUGGACGAGCUGAUGAGAUCUAGUCCACUCUUCCCGGCCAUCUGCCAGCAACCGGCUCAUCAGCACCAACCAGCCACCGGCCAGCCACAGCAGCAGCAGUGCUGCCCUUCCUGGACGCUGGGCCACUAUGUAGCCUUGAUGAGGAAUCGCUCCACGUGUGCCGAUCUCGACGCCGACGACGUCACGGCGGCUUUCAACAUUCUCCAGGCUUGCUCCCGACAUUACCACGGGCUCCAGCUCUCGCCCAACUGCGACGCCAUUGUCCAGGAAGGUUAUUCCAGUCAGCCGGACACUGCGGUGGCGGGGGAUUGCGGCCGAGACGUGCCUGAAAUGUGUACUCGCCACAAUGCAAUUUUUCAUAUAUUCCACUAUUUAACGGACGCGGAAUUUUUAGUGGACGGCCAGCCGCAUUUGCGCUACGCCGCCGUUUUCCUACCGACGGCCCGCAGCACGGCCCUUUUGCCCUUUUUCCAUUGGCUCAGCAACUCGGCUGCUGGCCGCGACGGAGUUGGAGUCUGGCCGCUGGCCGACAACUGGACGCAAGUUGUGGCCAUGGACUUUGGCUUGAAGGAGGCCCUUUUCAACGAGUACGUCAUCCGCGACGUCCUCUACCUCAGCGUCGGCGCCGUCCUGGUCUGCACCUGCAUGUGGUGGUACACGGCCUCGCUGUUUCUCACCUUGAUGGCCAUCGUCUCGGUCGUCCUCUCGCUGGCCGUCGCCUAUUUCGUCUACACGUUCGUCUUUGAAUUGGAUUUCUUCCCCUUUAUGAACCUCCUGGCCGCCGUCAUUGUCGUCGGCAUAGGAGCAGACGACGUCUUUGUCUACGUCCAGGUCUGGCGCUGCGUCAAGCUGGACAAGGAUGGAACCACCCUGGCCAAAUUGGUGAUGGACACUCUAAGUCACGCCGGACUGUCGAUGCUGGUGACGUCACUGACGACGGCGGCAGCUUUCUUCUCUUCUUUCAUCUGCCCAGUGACGGCCAUCCGGUGUUUCAGCCUUUUUGCCGGACUGACGGUCACGAUCCAUUUUCUCUUUAUGCUCUCAUGGCUGCCGGCCUCGGUCCUCUUGGCCGAGAAAUACUUUUCCGGGCCCGUUUGUCGCCACCCCGGCACAGCCAACGCCGCCACCGCCACUGCCGACGCCAGUAGACGGCCGGGCGUGCCCGUUUUUGUCCUCCAUCCGUUUCGCAGCUGCUGGCGCACCACUAGCGAUCUGGGCCGCAUCACAUUCGACAAGAUUCUGCCCUGCAUCGUCGUCAAGUUGCGAUAUUUCUGGAUUGUCGUUUUGGGCGGAUUGGCCGUCGCUGCUGGUGUCGUCGUCUUCCAUUACCCGAAAUUGGAAUUACCAGACACGAAGGAAUUUCAAUUAUUCUCAUCCGACCAUCCGUUUGAACGAUACGAUUUGGAAUUCAAAAACGAAUUUUGGUUCGAGCGCUCGCAACGGGCCGAAUUGCUGGCCAAACUGCCGCUGCGCUUCGUGUGGGGCGUAGUCGACGAGGACAAUGGCAACUCACUGGACCCGUCGUCCAAAGGUUCGCUGGUUCUCGAUCCUUCCUUCAACAUGGCCGCUCCCGAGUCGCAGGAGUGGCUCUCGCACUUUUGCAAGGACAUCCGCGACCAGCCCUUUUUCCAGCCGACGCUCGGCCCGCUCCUGCCCAACUGCUUCAUCGAAACUUUCCAAUCUUGGAUGGACAGGCGUUGCGAGGAUUCGGUGGAUGGCAAGAACAGGACGCCGUGCUGCGAAGUCUCGACAUUCCCCUACAGCGAGCACGUCUUCAACCAGUGCAUCCUCCUGGCCGUCAAGGAUCUCUACGAAACGCCGGCCCAAUUUUUCCUGCCCGGAGUGGCCGGGCCGAGAUUCUCCAAAUCGACGCAGCGACUGGACGCCGUCGUCGUCGAAUACGACAGUAACGUCACUUUCUCGCUCUCCUACACGGAAAUGGACGCUUUCCGUCGCCAAGUUGACGACUGGAUGGACGGCCAGCUGGCCUCGGCUCCGCCUGGUAUGAAGGGCGGCUGGUUCACCAGCGAUUUGGCCUUUUACGACGUCCAGCGCAGCUUAUCGGCCGGCACCGUUCACGCCAUCGCGCUGGCCAUGGCCAUCGCCCUGGUCGUUUUGAUUGGCGCCACCGGCAACCUGUGGCUGAGUUGCCUGUCGGUCGUUUGUUUGACGAGCGUCGUCCUGGUCUCAGUCGCCGUCCUCGUCCUCCUCGGCUGGAAAUUGAACAUUCUCGAAUCGGUUUCCGUCAGCCUGGCCGUCGGGCUCUCGGUCGAUUUCACGCUCCACUACGCCGUCGGCUAUCGGCUCAGCGGCCAUGAGACGGACAGGGAGUCGGCCGUCGUUUUCUCACUGACGCGGAUGAGCAGUCCCAUCGCCAUGGCGGCCGUCACGACGCUGUCGGCCGGAGCGGCCGUGCUGCCAUCUAGCGUCAUCGCCUACCAACAGAUUGGCACUUUUGUCGUCGUCGUCAUGGUGACGUCGUGGAUCUACUCGACGCUCUUCCUCCCGUCGCUCCUCAGAGUCUGUGGACCGCAGAACGGAUGCUCCCAAAUUCCCUCGUCCUCCUGUCUAGGCUCUGGCUGCUGCUGCUGCUGUUGUUGCCCAGCUGGUCCGACCCAGCACGUCGAUAAAACCGUUUACAGUUACGGACUGUCCGAGUCGACCCUGUCCACGUCCAGCACCUCCUGUCCUAAUCCCAAUUCCAACAUUUCCACUGUCCAUUGCGAGACUCACGAACUGGAACCUCUCACGUCCAGCCAUCGUGUCAAAGCCGUUCGCUCGGCUGGCAACAACCGACCACGAUCCGGAAGCCUAGUGGCCGCCAACGACCAUCACUCCAGCGGGUCUACCACUGCUGCUGCUGCUCCGGCAUCCGCCGCCGUCACGUUGAUUCAAAACGGGCGGAAGAUGAGGAAGAUUAGCCUGCCCAGCACGACGGCCCUGCUGGUGGCCGAAGCACAUGAUCACCACCGCGAGCCCCAAGUCGUUUGCAUAGAAACUCUCAACUCGGACAUGUGGGCGGCGUGAACUAACGUCGUGAAUAUUUAAUUUCAAUAUUUAUUUCAAUGAAACUCCGUGUUGUUUUGUUUGUAUUUUUCAAUCCAGCGCUUUGAUAUUAUUUGUUAUGGUACCAAACUGUUGACGUGUGAAAUUGAAAAAGAAUCGAUGGAAGGGCUGACACUGUUAUAAAUAGUGCUGCUGCAUUCACUCGUGCUGGUGGUGUUGAUCUCAAAUACACACAAACUCAUUUGA